CUGAUGGGAGUGGUAAACCUGUAGAUGGGUGUUAAUGGCUGCUGAUGGCUGCAAUUAGUCCUGGGCUGAGGUGCUAAAGAAAGCUUGAUCAUGCAUAAUGAGAUAAGAAUCCGAUAUCUCUAUUCAUCCCAGGUGCUUCCAUGGUUUUAAGCUUGGUAAUGAUUUCCAAUUCAGCAACUUCCCUUUCCAGUCUGUUCCUGAAAUUUCUCUGUAAUAAAACAGCUGCUUUGAGAUCUUGUAUAGAAUGUCCUGGGAGAUUGAAGUGUUCUCCUACUGGUUUUUCAGUCUUAUGGUUCCUGAUGUCAGAUUUAUGUCCAUUUAUCCUUUGGCGUAGGGUUUGGCCUGUUUGUCCAAUAUAGAGAGCUGAAGGGCACCGUUUCCAGUUGGAUGCUUCGUGGGUUCAGAUGGCAGAGCUAAAGAUUCCUGCACUGUAUAUUCUGAGUUCAACAAGAAGAACACCUACUAUCUUUUCAACCACGUUGAUAUUACGAUCACGUACCACAGUGCGCAGAAUGAGAACUGGCUCGGAGCUCGCCUGGUUACAGCUCGCCUGGAACCCAAAAGUUAUAAACAAACGGAUAUAAACAAUUUGUCUUGUGAAGGCCCCCCCAUGGAAAUCUCUGCAGAGUUUAGCAGCAAGCUGAAUCUGAUUUACAGUUACUCUGUGAAAUUUGAAGAGAACAACAAUAUUAAGUGGGCUUCGAGAUGGGACUACAUCUUGGAAUCCAUGCCCCAUACCAACAUCCAGUGGUUUAGCAUAAUGAAUUCCCUUGUAAUUGUGCUCUUCUUGUCUGGAAUGGUUGCCAUGAUCCUUCUGAGGACUUUGCAUAAAGAUAUUGCAAGAUACAACCAGAUUGACUCCUCAGAGGACGCCCAGGAGGAGUUUGGGUGGAAGCUGGUCCAUGGAGAUGUGUUUAGGCCUCCCAGGAAGGGCAUGCUGCUCUCUGUCUUCCUGGGGCAAGGGACGCAGAUUUUCAUAAUGACAUUUAUUACCUUAUUCCUUGCCUGCCUUGGAUUCCUUUCGCCAGCCAACAGGGGGGCCUUGAUGACCUGUGCCGUUGUGCUGUGGGUCUUGCUGGGGACCCCAGCAGGCUACGUAUCUGCUCGGAUGUACAAAACAUUUAGAGGUGAAAAAUGGAAGACAAAUGUGUUGCUGACAGCUCUGUUGUGUCCAGGGUUUGAAGAUGCAGGGCAACAAGGGCUUCGCCAUGGAGAAGCAAAACCACACUCCGAGGAAGUAGCAUCAGUACCAACAGCAGCAGCCGCAACAACAACCUCCCCCAGCUAACGGACAGCAGGCCAACAACCAAAAGCGAUUCUGUACCUUAUUCCCCUCAGAUGAAGGCCUGACAAUUGACAUGAAGAAUUUCCGAAAACCUGGUGAAAAGACCUUCACACAGAGAAGUCGCCUGUUUGUGGGGAACCUGCCCCCUGAUAUCACAUAAGAAGAGAUGAGGAAG